UGCUGUCUAAAUCUUGAAUAAACUGAAUUUCGCGUUUUUGACUAACCAGUAACCAUAAAAGUCCCCUUUCCUAAUGUAUUGUAUUCUGGGUACCUGGACGUGUUGUUGUAGUGGCUGUCUGCCCUUCGAACCACGUGCCAUCUUGGCUUUUCAAAAGUACCGCUGUUUCCUCUUCGCCUUGUGUCAACGGGAGAUAAUGUGGUACUUUGCAUGCGAUUAUUUUUCUCGAUAACAUUAUGAGACUGCGAACACCUGUAAGUCGAAAUACCAUCGGUCGUGCCUCCUUCCUACCUCUAAUGCAUUUUCGACGUUUUCUGGAUUGGAGUGCCAAUUGUUGUGAGUUAUGGUCUGUGGACUAGUGUCAGUGGUGCCUGGUGUGGUCAUGCCUUCCUUGGAUUUCUUUCAAGUGCUUUCCUCUGACGAACUCUCGUGGCUCGAUAAGGCGCAAGAGCAAUACGGCUAUGGCGUUAAUCAGAGUUACCAGAGUGAAGAAGGUCGACAGUAUGGAAUGAACAAUGCGAUGUCUCUACCUCAAUAUUCAACUGCGUUGUCCAGCGCAGCUCCAACUUCAUCAUCUAGCAUGGCAGUAUAUAGCCUCCCUAGCCAGGCUGAAAGUCACCGUCAUCCAUCUAUGAUGAUUAAUAUCAGUGAAUCUCAUCACUCUCAGAAUCAUAUGCAAAUGAAUGGUCACCAUAUGGGCCAUCCUCAAGGUGAAUCAAGAGGUAGUGGGACUUAUGAAGGUCAUCCUGUUGAUCUAUCCAGUCCACGACCUAAUGGACACUAUGAACAUAUGGCUAUGAGCAGCCAGCACGGAAGUUCUUCCCAUUACAGGCCUCAUGAACAAUCAUCCUAUGAAAAUGGACUUUCAGUUAAUAUGUCUGGAUGUGAUUCAAUGCAAUAUGGGUCGGCACCUGAAAAAAUUAACGGAGACCAACCUCAGCAUCAGUUGUUAUCCAUUGGCAGUAAUUCAUCUCUUGGAGUACCUAUGUUGCAUCCGUCUUCCCACCAUGGAUCACCUAGUCCCAUGCCCACACCAUCUCCAACACUAGACGAUAGAGGAAGACAUAGGUGGAACGAGCAAAGAUUGUCCAGAGAGGCCAUGAAAAGAUAUUUAAGAGAGCGAGGAGACAUGGUUAUUGUUAUAUUACAUGCAAAAGUUGCCCAGAAAUCUUAUGGUAACGAGAAAAGGUUUUUCUGUCCUCCCCCCUGUAUUUACUUGCUAGGAGAUGGGUGGAGAAGAAAACAAGAAAGAAUGGCUCGGGAUGGGGAAAACGAACAAGGGUCCCACCUAUGUGCCUUUAUCGGAAUAGGUAAUUCUGAACAAGAUAUGCAACAACUCGACUUUAAUGGCAAGAAUUAUUGUGCAGCAAAAACACUUUUCAUCAGUGAUUCCGACAAACGUAAACACUUCAUGUUAUCUGUAAAAAUGUUUUAUGGCAAUGGAGAAGAUUUAGGCCUGUUCCAAAGUAAAAGAAUCAAAGUCAUAUCAAAACCAUCAAAAAAGAAGCAAUCACUUAAAAACGCUGACCUAUGUAUUGCAUCAGGAACCAAAGUAGCCCUCUUCAACCGUCUGCGUUCUCAGACUGUAAGCACUAGAUAUCUGCACGUUGAAAAUGGCAAUUUCCAUGCUAGUUCUACACAGUGGGGUGCAUUUACUAUACAUUUAUUGGAUGAUAAUGAAUCAGAAUCUGAGGAAUUUACCGUAAGGGAUGGCUACAUACAUUAUGGUUCUACUGUCAAACUUGUUUGCUCUGUAACGGGAAUGGCUCUACCAAGGCUGAUUAUUAGGAAAGUAGAUAAACAGACUGCUUUGUUGGAUGCUGAUGAUCCAGUUUCACAACUCCACAAAUGUGCAUUUUAUAUGAAAGAUACGGAACGAAUGUACUUAUGUCUAUCUCAGGAGAGAAUAAUUCAGUUCCAGGCUACGCCGUGUCCCAAAGAACCUAAUAAAGAAAUGAUUAACGAUGGAGCUUCAUGGACCAUCAUAAGCACCGAUAAAGCAGAAUAUACUUUCUAUGAAGGUAUGGGUCCAGUGAGAGCACCUGUGACUCCUGUUCCUGUAGUGCACAGUUUAAAUCUAAAUGGUGGAGGUGAUGUUGCGAUGCUAGAAUUAUCUGGUGAAAGCUUCACUCCUAAUCUCAGAGUAUGGUUUGGAGAAGUUGAAGCUGAAACAAUGUAUAGAUGUCAAGAAAGCAUCUUAUGCGUAGUUCCUGACAUAUCUGCCUUUAGGGAAGGGUGGCAAUUCGUGCGACAGCCAACUCAGGUUCCCGUUUCUUUGGUUCGCAGUGACGGUAUCAUUUACGCAACGGGUCUAACUUUUACCUAUACCCCAGAACCUGGUCCCCGACCCCAUUGUCCUCAAAUAGAAGAAGUGUUGAGGCCUGCUGCAUUACAUACCCAUAUGGCAGAUGGUAUGGACCAUCAUCCACAAGGCUCAGUUAUGAUGCCUCCUCAGAGUUAUCAUGACCAUAAUCUAUGAUCACGAACUUUUUUUUAAAUACAGAAACUUGUAAAUAUAUUUUGUUUUUAAAAUACCAGGCUAUUUUAAAAACAAUUAGUUCAUUAUUUUUUAUUACUUUAAUGAACUCAAAGAAGAUCCAGACCUAGAAACGUAUUUUGACUGAUGCGAAUGCCUUAACUUUACGAGUAAAAAUAGAUUAAUAAUACUUUUUUUUUCUUAAAGACGAAAGGUGCCAUUUUUUGUAAUUAUCAUUUUAUAGCAUUUACAUAUUGGGGGAAGUUUUAAACACAAUUUUUGUAGUAUAAUAUUUCAAAAAAAUUAACACUUUUGGACUUUUAGGAGCAUUUAACGCGUUUACUUUUAACAGUUCUGUAGUUUUAGAAAUGUAUAUGCGAGCAGUAAUAGAGCAUAUAUCACUUUUUAAGAUGUUGUUGGCUCAUUUUUGAAUAAUGUAUUUGUACAGCUUAUAAAUUUUUUAUGUGAACUUAUUUGGCUUCUGUGAUGAAGCAGCAAUAGCACAUAUGUAAAGUGCCUACUAUUCACCAGGAUUUAAUGCUUGGUAAAUUUGGUGAUUUAGACAAUGCUCUCUAUUGUGAUAUUUUCUGUAAGGGUUAAUUAGUAAUAUUCUUCUGUAUAAUCUUAAAAAUUUUAUGUGUAUAUAUAGAUAUCCGUAUAUAUUUCUAUUGUUUUGUAUAAGUUAAGAUGUAUGUAAGCAUUUGUACUGUAACUUUAAGAAACUUUUGGCAUACUGUCAACGUGUAUAUUGUCUCUCUUCCAGAUACUGUUUUUCUAGAUAAUCUACGAGUAAAAUACAGAGCUGAUGUGAUUUUUUAAGAGUUCCUUGAUAUUAAAGCUUUAAGUUUCUUCGUUUGAUGUAUUAUAAAAUGAGAUGAAUUGUUAAAAACUAAUGUUUACAAAAAAAUGAAAUUUUAAAUGAUUUUAUAGGGAAAUUUAAGUGGGUACUUUUUUUACUCAUUUAUUACAUACAAGUUUUUCAACUGGCUAGUAAAUAUUACACUUAAAAAUUUCAAUCAGAGUACUUUGAAAACCCUUUUAGAUCUUGCUAUUCUUUUGUGUUGGUGUGGCUAAGUGAAAAAAAUUUCAUUUUACCUACACAAAAGUGUGAGAAACGGCAACGAUGAUAUUAAUAGCUGAUGAAAUACUACUCAUGAAGGCUGAUACGUUGUUUGCCAUAAAUGUUCUCUUAGGAAUGAAGGAAUUUAUGUAAAAUCGUGGUGGGUCAAUAUUGCAAAUUGCUCCUAUGAUCUUUCCUAAGCCGUUCUGCAAGACCAUAAUCUUUGCUUCGCGCGGAAAUCUAUUUGUUAUCAGUAUAGCUGGCAUUCAUCUCAUUUUAAAAGCGUUCGAUAUAAUUAUAAGAAGUAAUUUGUUGUAAUUUUAAUGAUAUAUUUCUCAUUGUAUAUAAAUGUGUUCGUUCUUUCCCCUUUUAUAAUGCUUCAUUAUUCUUAUUAGUGGCAUUUUAAUAACUUUUGCUGAACAUAAAUAUUACUCAUUUUUAAAAGUAGCCCUCUGAAACUUAGCUUCAAAAAAUUCACGUUGAAUUUCAUAUGUUUGAAUCUUGUUCGCAAAUCUCUUGUAACAGUGCAUUUCAAAUAUUCACUUAUAAAAAAAAUUGGGUUAAUAAACAAAUCUGCAUUUAACUCUUUACAAGUCAAUGUGUUAUUCAAAAUUAAGAUGAAAAAUAACAAAAUUUGCAAUUUCUGUACUUCGCUUACAGUAUCCUAAAAAACAAUGUAAUAUUUAAUUUCAGAUUUUUUGUAAAUGUACAUAGUAUAAAUAGAAUGUUUAUUUUUUAAUAAAAUAUUUUAAUACUGCUUGAUAAUUAUAGAUAACAUUACAAAAGCUAAAUGCCCAUGCUUAGGAAAUUUUGUGACAAAUUUUAGUGAAACAGUGUAAUUCAAAUUUGUUGAAAUGACAAAAAUUCUACUGUAUUUAUGGUCACACCCACUUUUUACUGGUUUUUUUUCAGUUGAUGCAUUUCUUGUGAUUUACGUGAUGUAUUGAAGAUUAGUCAAACUAUAUAAAUUUUUUUUAAUUUGUA